UCGGAAAUUCCUUAGCUCACCGAUAAAACCGGAAGAAACUAUGACUCGACUCAAGUCCAAUUGUCUUACGAUGGCCAGUUUUCACUUCUCCACUUGGUAAACUUCAGUCCUACCAACCCCUUUCUGAAUCUCUCUCUCUCUCUCUCUCUAUACAUGUUAUUGUUACAACACCAUGCUCACCAGAAACUCUUCCCACUCUCUGUCCUCCCACUCAAAUCCAAACUGAUUCAAUCCCAACUCCAAACCCACAUUCCAAACCUUCCAUUUCACACCCUCCAAACCCACUCCGAUCUCCUCCAACUCUGCUCCGCCGCGCAGUCUCUUCGCCAAGCCAACCAACUCCACGCAUUUGCCCUCCUCAAUGGCUUCCUUCCCCGCAGCCUCUCCCUCUGCGCUUCCCUCAUUCUCCGCUACGCCGCCUUCGGAGCUCCCUCGAUUUCCCGGCGUCUCUUCGAGCAGAGCGUCGGGUUCUGCCGCACCGCGUUUCUAUGGAACACUCUCAUUCGGGCUUAUUCCGUUGCUCGGCAUGGAAGUCGUGAUGGGAUUGGAGUUUACAAUGAAAUGGUACGUAAUUGCGUUGUUCGUGAUGAUCACACUUUUCCCUUCGUUCUUAAGGUUUGUUCGGAUUAUUCGGAGUUUCGUAAAGGUUUGGAGAUUCAUGGGUGUGUUUUUAAACUGGAUUUUGAUUCGGAUGUCUUUGUUGGGAACACUUUGUUGUCGCUUUAUGGCAGCGGUGGGGACUUGGAGAGUGCGAGGAAAGUGUUCGACGAAAUGCCUGAGAGAGAUGUCGUGUCUUGGAAUACGGCUAUUGGGGUGUUUUCUGUUAAUGGGUUUUAUUUGGAGGCGCUUCGAUGUUAUAAAGAAAUGAAUUUGUCUGUUUUUAAGCCUAAUUCUGUGAGCGUUGUCUCUGUGUUGCCGGUUUGUGUUGACCUUGAAGAUGAGGUUAUGGCGAGUCAGAUUCAUUGCUAUGUUGUGAAGGUUGGUUUGGAUCUUAACGUGACUAUUGGCAAUGCUUUGGUAGAUGUUUAUGGGAAAUGUGAUCAUGUGAAGGCCUCGAAGCAGGUUUUUGAUGAAAUGGUUUGCAGGAAUGAGGUCUCUUGGAAUGCAGCCAUUACUAGUCUUGCUUAUGUUGGGCGUAAUAGCGACGCCUUGGAUAUAUUUAGGUCAAUGAUUGGUUCGGGGGUUAGUCCAAACUCUAUCACCAUUUCGAGCAUUCUUCCGGUUUUAGUUGAACUAGGAUUUUUCAGAGCUGCCAAGGAAAUUCAUGGUUUCAGCUUAAGAAUGAGCAUUAGUUCCGAUAUUUUCAUUUCCAACUCAUUGAUCGAUAUGUAUGCAAAAUCAGGCUGUUCAACGGCUGCAUCCAAUGUCUUCGAGAAUAUGGUGGAAAAGAAUAUAGUCUCUUGGAAUGCUAUGGUAGCUAACUUUGCUCAAAAUAGGCUAGAGUUGGCAGCUAUAGGACUUUUAAGACAAAUGCAAGCUCAUGAUCAAACUCCCAAUUGUGUCACUUUCACAAACGUUCUUCCGGCCUGUGCACGGUCAAGUUCCCUUCAUCCUGGAAAAGAAAUCCAUGCAAGGGCAAUCCGCAAGGGUUCGGCAUUUGAUUUAUUUGUCUCCAAUGCCCUGACAGACAUGUAUGCAAAAUGUGGCUGCCUUUCUUCUGCUCAAAAUGUCUUUAAUAUCUCCAAGAGAGACGAAGUCUCUUACAACAUACUAAUCGUAGGUUAUUCUCAAGCAACAGAUUGCUCAGAAUCUCUUAGGUUGUUUUCAGAAAUGAGGCUUGCUGGAAUGGUGCAUGAUACUGUUUCCUUCGUGGGAGUGAUAUCAGCUUGUGCAAAUCUUGGUGCAAUCAAGCAGGGCAAAGAAGUCCAUGGUUCUUUAAUAGUAAAGCAUUUUCACACUCAUCUUUUUGUAGCAAACUCACUCCUAGACUUCUACACCAAAUGCGGAAGAAUCGAUCUUGCCAGUAAGGUCUUUGAGCAGAUUCCAAACAAGGAUGUAACCUCUUGGAACACCAUGAUUUUGGGAUAUGGAAUGCUAGGGGAGCUAGACACUGCAAUUAGCCUUUUCGAAGCAAUGAAAGAAGACGGUGUAAAAUAUGAUUCGGUGUCAUACAUCGCAGUUUUAUCAGCUUGUAGCCAUGGAGGGCUAGUUGAAAAGGGUAAGAAAUACUUUGAGCAAAUGCAGAGUCAAAACAUUGAUCCAACACAAAUGCACUAUGCAUGUAUGGUUGAUCUCCUCGGCAGAUCUGGCCUCGUGGAAGAGGCAGCUGAGCUCAUUAGAGGCCUGCCUAUGGUCCCGGAUGCUAAUGUGUGGGGCGCUUUGCUUGGGGCAUGCAGAAUCCAUGGAAAUGUGGAGCUUGGGACCUGGGCAGCAGAGAAUCUGUUUAGGCUAAAGCCUCAGCAUUCGGGGUACUAUAUACUUCUUUCGAAUAUGUAUGUAGAAGCUGGGAGAUGGAAAGAGGCAAAUGCAAUUAGGGAAUUGAUGAAGUCGAGGGGAGUGAAGAAGGGCCCUGGUUGUAGUUGGGUUCAGAUUGGGAACCACUUUCAUGCUUUUGCUAAUGGAGAGAGACUAGAGGACUUAGAUUCUGGUAUUUGGGAUGCGGAAUCCUUGUAGUCUUCAAGGUUUAAGUUUGAGGGCAGCUCAUAUAUAUACGUAGUAUAUUCUCAUAUAUAUAUAUAUAUAUAUACGUAGUAUAUUCUUUUUGCUUUAUAGCUUGGGCUCAGUAUUUUUUGGCAGAAAAGAAAGGGGGAAAAAAAAAAACACCCAAAAGGGGCCUUGGCGAUCAUGUUAAUUGAUACGUUAUAUCAUUACACUUUGGUGGAGAAAACAAAACAAUGCUGAAGGCUACUUCUUGCAGUGACACUGUUGGAAGAAGGGAGGAAAGUAUGGAAAGUUGGGAUUAAGAAAAGAGUUAAAAAAAAAAAAAAGUUAUUGAACAAUUACUGUCCUAGGAAAUAAACAAUUACUGUCUCGAGCUGUAUUUUUAUACAAUGCCGAAUUGAACCUGCGAUUUUCCAAACGCAAGCCUGAGGUGUAUAGCUGAAGUCAUUA